CCUCUGCGACGGAGUAUGACGCAAUUAAGUGUUGUACCUCUAAAAAAGUGCAAUGACCUAGUUACUGGUAUAAAAGAUCUAAAACAUACUUCAAUGUCUUCAAACAGAUCGAUGUAUUUAAACUCUAUUCGGUCAUUUAGUACGACCAAGGUCAAGUUUUACGAAGAAAAGGCUCACGACCACGCCAAGCUCUGGGUUAUUGAGAAGGCAACUUCAGGUCUUUUGGUCGCACUCAUUCCCUGUGGACUUCUGAUUCCCAAUAAACUUUUUGAUUCUAUACUUGCUAUACUUAUUACAGCUCAUACCUUUUGGGGUAUGGAGGCUGUCAUGGUGGAGUAUGUACGAGUAUUAUUAUUCGGACCUUUAAUACCAAAAAUUGCAAUUGGAUUUGUAUACUUUAUGACAGUAUUCAUGUUGGGAGGUCUAUUAUAUUUAAUUUUUAAUGACAUCGGCUUAUGUAGAGCAUUUUGGCGUAUUUGGAGAAACAUGAGAAAGCCUAAAGAUACUUUCAAACGUCGCUAAAUAUUCGUUGAUUUGAAGAAAUGAGAGAGGAAACAGGAGAUCUUUUGUGACUUAUGUUAAAUUUAUCAUACCGCUGUUUUAGGAAAUAAUGUAUUAUUUCAUUUGCUUUUUAACGAAAUAUUAAAGUUGAUAUUUAUUAUAA